CCCGGGGUGGGUGGGUUGGAGGAGAAGGGGGCGCGGACAGCCCGGGGAGCCCCGGGACUAGCGGCAGUCCGGGACCCCUCCGUAACCGCUGCUGCUGCCUCCGCGGUCCCCGGGACAUCGGCACAGACUAAAGAUGGCAGAACUUUUGGAGUCAGAAGGAACCGUAGAUUGGAAAGAAAGAUGUAUAGCCCUGGAAUCCCAACUCAUGAAAUUUAGACUCCAGGCCAGCAAGAUCAGAGAGCUUUUAGCAGAGAAGAUGCAGCAGUUGGAGAGACAAGUUAUUGAUUCAAACCGUCAAGCAGAGAGAGCUUUUCAACAGGUACAGGCUAUGGAAGAGAAAUUAAAGGCAGCUAACAUUCAAACAAGUGAAGCUGAGACCAGAUUAUAUAAAAAGUGUCAAGAUCUGGAGACUGUCCUCCAGGAAAAGGAUGAUGUCAUACAGAACUUGGAACUCCAACUUGAAGAACAGAAACAAAUAAGAAUACAAGAAGCCAAAAUAAUAGAAGAGAAAGCAGCUAAGAUCAAAGAAUGGGUGACAGUCAAACUACAAGAGCUGGAACUGGAGAAUCAGAACCUGCGUUUGAUCAACCAAAACCAAACUGAAGAAAUAAGAACAAUACAGGCAAAACUGCAAGAAGUUCAAGGGAAGAAACUAUCUACCACCUCCCCACCAAAGCCUUCAGAAGGCCAACGUCUAAGCAGUUUGACCUUCGGAUGCUUUUUAUCCAGAGCAAAGAGUCCUCAACAAGUAAUUAAAUCAGAAGAAAUAAGCAAGAUAUCAUCUAAAGAACCCGAGUUCUCAGGAGGAAAUCAUGUAGAAGAAAUGGACAUCCCAGAAACUUCCCUUGGUAGCCAAGGACAAGAACACAACAAAGGUCAGAGGUCUUUGCAGCAGAACUCCCGUGGCUUGGAACAGAAUGGGGUGACAGAGACAAGUUAUGCCCUACAAGGUGUAGAUGUUGUCAAAGACACAUCAAAGAAUUCCUGUGACUGGAGUUCUGAUGAGGAGGAAAAAAGCAAAGGAAGGUCGAAAUCCAGGUGUGACUCGACCCUUUCUAGCCACACUUCAGAGGAGAGCACCAGGUACAGCAGAAUGGGAAGCGAAAUGUAUCUGACAGCCUCUGAUGACAGCAGUUCCUUAUUUGAAGAUGAGAGUUUUGGCAUUAAGAGAACUGAGCACAAGAAGUUAUAUUCCUGGCAACAGGAAGCACAAUGGAAGGCUCAGAAUAGUACAAGUGGAAAGGGAAAUUGUGAAUCACGAAAUAAAAAAGGGAAAGACAGUUUUUCAGAUGAACUGAACAAGAAAUUUCAGUGCCAGAGACUGGACUAUUCAUCUUCAUCCAGUGAACCCAACACCCCAAGUCCUAUUUUAACCCCGGCUUUAGCACCCAAGAAUCCCAGCCUGCUGCCCACAGAAGGACGUCAGCGUUCGAUGCCAUUCCAUCCUGCCUCAAAUCUGCCCUCUGCAAAGCUAAGGAUUCCUAAUGUUUUCAGUAUAAGUGUCGCUUUGGCCAAAAGACAUUUAAGUCAGCCCCAGUUAAGUUCUGAUCGGAUGUUUGGCAGAAACAGAAACGCUAUAAGCAUGAUCCGACCCCUCAGACCUCAGGAAACAGACAUUGAUCUAGUCGAUGGAGACAGCCCAGAGAGCAUAGAAAAAAUGGAUGUUGGUUAUGAUGAUGGAGUGUUUUCCUAUGACUCCCCCGAAGCACCUUGUUUAGAAGAUUCAGAAAUGUGUGAUUCAGCCACAAAGAAGGCAACUGGAGGCAAACCUCCAACUCCCCCACUUCAUCGGUUUCCUUCCUGGGAAAGCAGGAUUUAUGCUGUGGCCAAAUCAGGCAUUCGAAUGUCUGAAGUCUUCAGUACAGAUAAUAUUAAUAAAAAUUCUUUGUUGAUGCCUUCUUAUUCUACAUCAGGACUAUACACAUCUCUGAUUUACAAAGAUAUGACGACCCCAGUGUAUACAACUCUGAAAGGGAAGGCAACCCAAAUAAGCAACAGCCCAUUCUUAGAUGACUCCUCGGGAUCUGAGGAGGAAGACAGCUCCCGAUCCAGCUCCCGGACGUCUGAAUCAGAUUCUCGAAGUCGAAGUGGGCCAGGGAGCCCUCGAGCCAUGAAACGAGGUGUGUCUUUAUCCUCCGUAACUUCUGAAAGUGAUUAUGCCAUUCCUCCUGAUGCCUAUUCAACGGAUACAGAAUAUUCAGAACCAGAGCAGAAGCUCCCCAAAACUUGUUCCUCUUCCAGUGAUAAUGGAAAAAAUGAGCCCCUGGAAAAAUCUGGCUAUUUGUUAAAAAUGGGUGGUAAAGUAAAGACCUGGAAACGGAGAUGGUUUGUUCUUAAAGGUGGUGAAUUACUUUAUUACAAAUCUCCGAGCGAUGUGAUUAGAAAGCCCCAGGGCCAUAUCGAACUUAGUAUGUCAAGUCAUAUCGUUAGAGGAGAUAACAAACAAACAGUUCAGUUGACUACUGAGAAACGUACCUACUACCUGACUGCAGAUUCUCCUAAUAUAUUAGAGGAAUGGAUUAAGGUCUUACAGAAUGUCCUUCGAGUACAAGCUGCCAAUCCUCUUUUCCUCCAACCUGAUGGAAAACCAACAGUCAAGGGGUUGCUUACCAAGGUGAAACAUGGCUACUCUAAGAGAGUUUGGUGUACACUCAUAGGAAAAACAUUAUAUUAUUUUCGUAGUCAAGAAGAUAAGUCUCCUUUAGGUCAGAUCAAACUUUGGGAGGCGAAAGUUGAAGAAGUUGACAGAUCUUGUGAUUCUGAUGAAGAUUACGAGUCCAGUGGUCGCAGUCUAUUAUCUACACAUUAUACCAUCGUUAUUCAUCCCAAAGAGCAAGGGCCAACCUACCUUUUGAUUGGAUCCAAGCACGAAAAGGACACUUGGCUUUAUCAUCUAACUGUUGCAGCUGGAAGCAUCAAUGUAAAUGUUGGAUCUGAAUUUGAACAGUUGGUUUGCAAACUGCUUAAUAUAGAAGGGGAACCCACUUCUCAGAUAUGGAGACACCCCGCCCUGUGUCAUAGCAAAGAAGGAAUUGGUUCUCCUCUAACAACACUGCCUUCUGAAGCUCUGCAGACUGAAGCUAUUAAAUUAUUUAAGACAUGCCAGCUCUUUAUCAAUGCUGCUGUUGACUCACCUGCCAUCGAUUACCACAUAUCUUUGGCCCAGAGUGCGUUGCAGAUCUGCCUCACACACCCUGAACUACAGAAUGAAAUUUGUUGUCAACUCAUUAAACAGACAAGACGAAGACAGGUACAUAAUCAACCUGGGCCACUGCAGGGUUGGCAGCUCUUGGCUCUCUGCGUUGGACUCUUUCUUCCCCAACACCCAUUCCUUUGGCUCCUCAAACUUCACCUGAAGAGGAAUGCUGAUUCAAAGACAGAAUUUGGGAAAUAUGCUAUUUAUUGCCAGCGAUGUGUAGAGAGAACUCAACAAAAUGGAGAUAGAGAAGCAAGGCCCUCAAGAAUGGAAAUUCUUUCAACCCUUCUUCGAAAUCCUUACCAUCAUUCAUUACCCUUCAGUAUCCCAGUACAUUUCAUGAAUGGAAUAUAUCAGGUAGUUGGAUUUGAUGCUUCUACCACAGUGGAAGAAUUUUUGAAUACUCUGAACCAAGAGACUGGAAUGAGAAAGCCAGCACAGUCUGGAUUCGCACUCUUUGCAGAUGAUCCUUCUGGCAAGGAUUUAGAGCACUGUCUUCAAGGAAGCAUCAAGAUUUGUGACAUUAUUUCUAAAUGGGAACAGGCUUCCAAAGAACAGCAGCCUGGGAAAUGUGAAGGUACGAGAACCGUGCGCCUAACUUAUAAAAACAGGCUUUACUUCUCAGUUCAAGUCCGCGGGGAGAGCGAUAGAGAAAAGCUCCUGUUGAUGUAUCAGACCAAUGAUCAGAUAGUAAACGGGCUCUUUCCUCUGAACAAGGAAUUGGCCGUGGAGAUGGCGGCUCUUUUAGCUCAGGUGGAGAUUGGAGAUUUUGAGAGACCUUUCUCAACUCCAGCAGGGCAAGUGACCUCUCAGUACAAGGCAAACCAAACACUAAAACAAGUCAUAGAGAAAUUUUAUCCUAAAAGGUAUAGGAAUGGUUGUUCUGAAGAACAAUUAAGACAACUUUGUCAACGAUUGUCAACUAGAUGGAUGGCUCUCCGUGGACACAGUGCUGCUGACUGUAUGCGCAUUUACCUGACCGUGGCCAGAAAGUGGUCAUUCUUUGGUGCAAAGUUGUUUCUUGCAAAACCAGUAACUCCAUCAACACUGGGAAAUACUUUCAUAUGGCUAGCUGUACAUGAAGAUGGAAUUAGCAUCUUGGAAUAUAACUCCAUGAGGUUAAUAAUGACAUAUGUGUACAAAAGCUUAAUGACCUUUGGAGGUUAUCAAGAUGACUUUAUGGUGGUUAUUAACAAUGCACAUUCCAAAGACAAGCCAACAGAUAAACUUCUUUUCACCAUGGCAAAGCCUAAGAUUCUUGAAAUAACUCUUUUGGUUGCCAACUAUAUUAACAACUUCCAUCAGCAAAAAACAGCUCUUCACCACCUCUCAGCUCCUGCACUACUGUCUGCUCGAAAAGGAGGACCCAAAAACAAGGACAUGGGGAGCCAGCCACUCCUGUUAAACAACAGACCGACUAAAGGCCCAACUCUACUGUGAAAUUUCAAAAGCUGGUGACACUAUAAAGUAACUGAAUGUCUAGGAACAUUGCUGGGUGUGCUCAGAGGUGUUUGAGAUCUAGGAGUGUGACAUAUCCAUCAGCAUUUCAAAAACAAAAACAUACGAAAGAUUGUUACUCCUUUUUACAUGUCUAUUUAAAAUAUAAAUGAACACUUGGUUAUACUAGAACAAAAUAAAAACUGUUUACAAACACCAAAGGUUUAAUCAUACAAUCAGGGCUUGAAGAGUCCUUCAAAGGUCAAAUUGUCCAGUCCUCUGCCAGGAUUGAGUUGAGUAUUCAUUGUAUUUGUGAAAAAUCUUGAAAAAGAGGUUCCAUGACCUCCCUUUGUAAUCUGGUCCAGUGUUUACCUACCUUUGUUACUCAGAAGUUUUAAAUUAAAUAGAAAUUGAGGGGCAGCUAGGUGGUGCAGUAGAUAAAGCACUGGCCCUGGAUUCAGGAGGACCUGAGUUCAAAUCCAGCCUCAGACACUUGAUACUAGCUGUGUGACCCUGGGAAAGUCACUUAACCCCCAUUGCCCUGCUCCCCCCCCAAAAAGUAAAAAAAAAAAAUAGAAAUUUAAGGAACCUUUAAUGAAAGUAUAAUUGGAAAAGAAGAGAAUAUAAAGUUUGAGGAAACAAUUGCAGUUUGGUACAUUUUUCAAAUGGUAUGGUGGAUCUGCUAGAUUUGUGUGUGAUAAAAUAGGAAACCUCCUACGGUACUUAAAAACUGUACCCCUUCACAUCUCCAGUUCAUUGAUGCAAAAUUCAAUUGCCCUGAAAUUUUAAAAAUGAAAGUGAUUCCUAACUUGCCUUGACUUUCUGUGCUCUAUGAAUUUGCUGAAAAAUCAACAGCUGCCUUCUCCCUUGGUUCCAUGUGCUUCUCUCACUGUCCUUAGUUGAAUAGAAUAGUAUUUGAGGAUGUGCGUUCUUUUU